AUGAAGAUUUUGUACUUUAGCAACGAGUUCCCUGCGGAUGACUUGCAGAAACUGCUCCGACGACUCCACAACCUCAGCAAAAAUGCACAACAUGCUAUUGUUGCUCGUUUUAUCCACGAGGCCACCUUAGCCGUCAGAGACGAGGUGCGCCAGCUGCCCACCCAAUUACGGGCUUUGGUUCCGGCGUUUGAAACGGUCCUUGAAUUGGCCAACUAUACCGAUUUGCGUAAAGGGCCUCUAGCUGGAUCCAUUGACGGUGUGCUCCUUUGUGUAGUCCAGUUGUCCUCGCUCAUCGGUUACUACGAGAAUACACCCCACGAGUUUGACCAUACCACCAUCAGGACAUAUUUAGCUGGGCUGGGCAUCGGCCUCAUGGUGACGGGGGCUAUAGCAUGUGCCCCAACUGUGACCGACAUUCCUUCCAGCGGUGCUCAGGCAGUUCGACUGGCGUUUCGUCUCGGGGUCCUCGUGGGCGAGGUCUCACACACAUUGCAGCCCCGAGGCACCGGCUCCCCAGACAGCUGGGCAUAUGUUCUUCCAGACGUGGCAGUCUCUGAGGUCCAAGAAGAAUUGGAUACAAUCCACGCCCAGCAGUCAACUCCCGAAGCAAGCAAAAUCUUCAUUAGCGCCCUCAAUGCCACCUCGGUCACUAUUAGCGGCCCACCAGCGAGACUGAAAGCUCUCUUUCGUACCGCUGACUUUUUCCGGGAUCGCAAGUUUGUUGCCCUUCCUGUCUAUAGUGGCCUGUGUCAUGCAAAACACAUUUACAAGACUGAGGACGUGGCCCGAGUCGUGCAAACGGACACAAUGUCUUCCAUGGCUCGUCCCUUCCUUCCUGUAUUCUCGACUAGCGCAACAAAGCCCUACGUCGCAGCGACGGCGGAAGAACUAUUCAAAGAGAUCGUCUCGGAAAUUCUUACACAGCCAAUUCUCUGGGACAAGGUAAUCCAGGGACUAGUACACGAGGCCGAUAACCUCGCCGCAUUGGACUGUCGGGUCUUUGUGUUCCGUAUGUCCCUCGCCGCCCGCGACCUGGUCAAUGGCCUGAUAGCAGCCAAACUGGAGACAUCGACGGAGGACGUCAUUGCAUGGACAACUCAGCCCUCGAUGAUUCCGUAUACACCUCGAGGCCCCGCCCAGUCGAAGAUUGCCAUCGUCGGCAUGUCUUGUCGCAUGCCAGGAGGUGCCACAGACACAGAAAAGUUCUGGGACUUACUAGCCUCUGGCAUGGACGUCCACAGGAAGAUUCCCGCGGAUCGAUUCGACGUUGAAACGCACUAUGACCCGGCAGGCAAGCGCGUCAAUGCUAGCCAUACACCUUACGGCUGCUUCAUUGACGAACCGGGCCUGUUCGAUGCGGCCUUUUUCAACAUGUCACCUCGCGAGGCCCAGCAGACUGAUCCCAUGCAGCGUCUGGCCCUAGUAACUGCCUAUGAGGCGCUGGAACAGGCAGGUUACGUCGCCAACCGCACGGCGGCUACCAACUUGCAUCGCAUUGGCACUUUUUACGGUCAGGCCAGUGACGACUACCGCGAAGUAAAUACAGCGCAAGAAAUCAGCACAUAUUUCAUCCCUGGGGGGUGUCGGGCUUUCGGACCGGGUCGUAUCAAUUAUUUCUUCAAAUUCUCUGGGCCAAGCUUCAGCAUCGACACCGCGUGUUCGUCGAGUCUAGCGACCAUUCAGACCGCCUGUACGUCGCUGUGGAAUGGUGAAACCGACACAGUCGUCGCCGGAGGGAUGAACGUGUUAACAAACUCGGACGCUUUUGCUGGCCUCAGCCACGGCCACUUCCUGACAAAAACGCCCAAUGCCUGCAAGACAUGGGAUGCCGAAGCCGAUGGUUACUGCCGCGCUGAUGGUAUUGGGUCCAUCGUUAUGAAGCGGUUAGAAGAUGCCGAGGCUGACAAUGACAACAUUCUCGGCGUCAUUCUCGCGGCAGCCACCAACCAUUCGGCCGAGGCUGUCUCCAUCACACAUCCCCAUGCUGGCGCCCAAGCCUACCUGUACCGCCAGGUGAUGAGCCGUGCCGGUGUCGAUCCGCUAGACGUAAGCUAUGUUGAAAUGCAUGGCACCGGCACGCAAGCUGGCGAUCUUGUUGAGAUCGCAUCUAUUAGUGAGGUGUUCGCCCCGGCUAUACGGCGACGCACUACUAAGCAGCCGCUGCAUAUCGGGGCGGUCAAAUCCAACGUCGGACACGGAGAGGCGGUGGCGGGCGUGACAGCUCUAAUCAAAGUGCUGAUGAUGAUGCAAAAGAAUACCAUUCCCAAACAUAUCGGGAUCAAGAACUCUCUUAACCCGGGAUUCCCCAAGGACCUCGACACCCGCCAGCUGCGCAUCCCCUUCGAGGCGCAGCCAUGGCCUCGUCUCCCUCAAAGACGACGUAUCGCUGUUGUAAACAACUUCAGCGCCGCAGGCGGCAACACCACUGUCGCCAUUGAGGAUGCUCCCAUCCGUACUAGAUCAGGGUGUGACCCCCGUUCGGUACAUCCUAUCGCUAUCUCGGCGAAGAGCAAGGCUUCCCUUCGAGGAAACAUCGAGAAUCUCCUCGCGUACCUAGACACACACCUAGAUGUGUCCUUGGCUGACCUCUCGUACACAACCACUGCCCGUCGACAGCACCACAACCACCGUUUAGCCGUUGUAAGCUCAGACCUGGCUCAACUCAGGAAGCAGCUGACUUCCUCUCUGGCGUCGGUUGACACCCACAAAGCCAUGUCCACGACUGGGUCUCCGUCCAUUGCUUUUGCCUUCACAGGCCAAGGCGCCUCUUACAAGUCGAUGCAUGUCGAGCUGUACCACGACUGCCCGCCCUAUCGGGCCCAGAUCCAGCACUUGGACACUCUAUCCCAGCGCCAGGGAUUCCCAUCAUUCAUUCCAGCCAUCGACGGGAGUCACGACAAGGACCACGCACACUCACCCGUCGUCACACAGCUAGCCCUCGUUGCCACCGAGAUGGCGCUCUCCGCUUACUGGGCAACGCUCGGAAUCACCCCAAGCCUAGUUAUCGGACACAGUUUAGGCGAGUACGCUGCGUUGCACGUUGCCGGUGUGCUUUCAGCUAGUGACGCCAUAUUUUUGGUGGGUUCGCGCGCACGCCUCCUGGAGAAGAAAUGUGCUAUGGGUAGCCAUCGCAUGGUUGCAGUGCGAGCGUCCCUGGAGACCAUUGCCGAAUAUGCCAACACAUCCUACGAAGUCGCCUGUAUCAACGGAUCCACCGAUACAGUUCUCAGCGGAACUCAGGCGGAGAUGGACGCUGUCUCGGCGCAACUCCAGUCCAAGGGUCUCCGAUGUCUGAAUCUAGACGUCGCUUUCGCGUUCCAUUCAUCCCAGACGGAUCCAAUCCUCGACGACUUUGAGGCCCUGGCGGCGAGCGGCGUGCUCUUCCAGACACCAACUUUGCCAGUCGUGUCGCCCCUGCUAGGCCGUGUCAUCUGUGACGAGAAGACCUUUAAUGCGUCGUACGUCCGGCGGGCCACGCGUGAGCCUGUCAACUUCCGUUCAGCGCUGAAUUGUGCCCAUGAUAUGGGUCUCAUCGACGAUACAACCGUCUGGGUUGAGAUUGGACCUCAUCCGGUGUGUCUUGGGUUUGUCAAGGCAACCCUCGAUAGUCCUUGUGCGGCGGCGCCGUCGCUGCGUCGCGGUGAGAACGCUUGGUGUACCAUGGCGCAGAGUCUGUCAACGCUGCACAAUGCCGGUGUCCCAGUCGGAUGGAGUGAAUUCCAUCGUCCGUUUGAGCGCGCUCUGUGUUUGCUGGAUUUGCCUGCGUAUAGUUGGAAUCAGAAGAAUUACUGGAUCCAGUAUAAUGGGAAUUGGGCUCUCACCAAGGGGAAUACGUUUUACGAAGAAGAGAAAAAGGAACCUUCUCCUGUUCCCAGCAGCUCCCUCACGUCGGCAGUACAACAAAUCGUCGAGGAAACUAUCCAGGGAAUAACUGGACAGAUCAUCAUGGAGUCGGACCUGAUGCAGACAGAGUUCCUGGAGGCGGCUAAUGGCCAUCGUAUGAAUGACUGUGGGGUUGUUACAUCGUCUAUUCACGCUGAUAUUGCGUACACCCUCGGCCGUUACCUUCUGCAAAAGAUGCGGCCCGAUCUAAAAAACAACCACAUGAACAUUUCAAACCUCGAAGUGCUCCAAGGGCUUGUCGCGCAGAAGGACCGCAGUAAACCGCAGCGCAUCCGCGUGUCCGCAGGCACACCCGAUAUCAACUCGGGCGUUGUCAAUCUCCACUGGUACAACCUCAGCCGCGGGGACACCAGCGAGGCAUUUGCUAGCGCGACACUUCUAUACGAGGACCCAGGCGUGUGGAAGAUGUCAUGGGCGCCCCUAGCGCACCUGAUUCAGAGUCGGAUCGUGGAACUAGGCCGUCUAGCAGAUACUGGCCAGGCGACGCGGUUCUCGCAUAACAUGGCAUACCAGCUAUUCGCUCACAAUCUAGUGGAUUAUGCGCCGCAAUACCGGGGGAUGAAGUCGGUGGUGCUGCACGAGCUAGAAGCCUAUGCCGAUGUAGUGUUAGCACAGAAUGAUCAUGGGACAUGGACUGUGCCGCCGUUCUUCAUUGAUAGCGUCGCUCAUCUGGCGGGAUUCAUUAUGAACGUAUCAGAUGCGAUCGACACCAAGAACAACUUCUGUGUCACUCCUGGCUGGAAGAGUAUGAGAUUUGCGAGUCCGCUUGUGGCGGGUGGUUCUUACCGCUCGUAUACCAAGAUGAUUCCGACACCGGAGGAUCCGUCGGUAUAUCUAGGCGAUGUUUAUAUACUUCAGGGGGGCUUCAUUCUCGGCAUGGUUGGGGGUAUCAAGUUCCGACGGUACCCACGUAUCCUGCUCAAUCGUUUCUUUUCGGCUCCAGAUGCCGGUGCUACACCGACAUCUGCACCAAACGUGGCCAAGUCUGUCAAGCCUGCGGUGUCUGGUGGUGGUUUGGUUGCUGGAGGCACGGCACUACCGCCAGUACCUACAGCUCCAGUUGUGCCCACGGUGACUACAGUUCCAGUGGCAGCUACAGUAACCGCAGUGCCGGUGCCAGCGCCCACCAACAUGCCCCAGACAGACUCCGACAGCACCACGGCCAAGGCGAUCGCCCUUAUCGCCAAAGAGGGGGCCCUCGAGCUUUCAGAUCUGGCGGACGACGCACACUUUGCCAGUUUGGGUGUCGACAGUCUGAUGAGUUUGGUGAUCUCAGAGAAAUUCCGCGACGAGCUAGGUAUCACUGUCAGCGGGAGUCUGUUUUUGGAGUAUCCCACAGUAGGGGAUUUGCGAGCGUGGUUGGAGGAGUAUUAUAAUUGA